GCCAUGAACCCGGGCUUGUGCAGCUGGUGAAUUACUACAGGGGAGCAGACAAGCUGUGCCGCAAAGCAUCUCUGGUGAAGCUAAUCAAGACAAGCCCUGAGCUAUCAGAGACCUGCACAUGGUUCCCUGAGUCAUAUGUGAUAUACCCAACAAACUUGAAGACCCCCGUGGCUCCAGCACAGAAUGGAAUUCGUCAUCUCAUCAACAACACAAGGACAGAUGAGCGGGAAGUCUUCUUGGCAGCUUACAACAGGCGGCGGGAAGGCAAAGAAGGCAAUGUGUGGAUCGCCAAGUCCUCAGCUGGAGCCAAAGGGGAAGGGAUCUUGAUUUCUUCAGAGGCUGAAGAGCUCUUGGACUUCAUCGAUGAGCAGGGACAAGUGCAUGUGAUUCAGAAAUACCUGGAGAAUCCACUGCUUUUAGAGCCAGGGCAUCGCAAGUUUGACAUCAGGAGCUGGGUUCUCGUGGAUCAUCAGUAUAAUAUCUACCUCUACAGAGAGGGUGUCCUGCGGACCUCUUCCGAACCAUAUAACAGUGCUAAUUUCCAGGACAAAACCUGCCACUUGACCAAUCACUGCAUUCAGAAGGAAUAUUCCAAAAACUACGGGCGGUAUGAGGAAGGGAAUGAAAUGUUCUUUGAGGAGUUCAACCAGUAUCUGAUGGAUGCCCUGAACACAACGCUUGAGAAUAGCAUCUUACUGCAAAUCAAACACAUAAUAAGAAGCUGCCUUAUGUGUAUAGAGCCUGCAAUCAGCACUAAGCAUCUUCACUACCAGAGCUUCCAGCUCUUUGGCUUUGACUUCAUGGUGGAUGAGGAGCUGAAGGUCUGGCUAAUAGAAGUCAACGGGGCCCCGGCGUGUGCCCAGAAGCUGUAUGCAGAGCUCUGCCAAGGAAUUGUGGAUGUAGCCAUCUCUAGCGUUUUCCCCCUCAAUGACACUGGGCAGAAGAUGAGCCAGUCAUCAUCGAUCUUCAUCAAGCUGUGAUGACAACAGGACUGCCACUGCUGUGAAUAGGGAGAGGCUGCACCCCUCGGGUCAGCACAGUGCAGUGGCUUAUCUCAGUAACAUGCCAAAAAGCGAUAAGAGACAGGCUUCUUAUUUUCUGGGAAACCAUGGGGAAAACCAACAAAACAGGCAUCCACACAGAGCUGUGAUGAACCAGAGCUGCUCAGAUAACUGCCUGCAUUCACCAAAAUCCACUUUAGAAACAGCUCCUGUGACUUUCAUACCUGAAACAAAUCUCUCUGGGAGAACAACAAAAUAACCUUAAAAUGAAACCCCAACAGGGAUACUGU